UGCUAACCAGCCCAGGCUACGUAGCUAUAAACGCGGAAUAGCAGGUUGCGUCGCGCUUACUUGUUUUGUUCGGGUUUUUUUUUUUUUUGGUUUGUAAAUAACUGACAUUGGUCAGGACAAUGUCUCUUUUUCACAAAUGUUCAGUGCGAUUGUGGUAGCUUUUCGCUGUUUAUUUUCAUCAAAUUAGUUUUAUAAGUUCGGGAUGGUUUUACCCCCAACAUGGAGACAAAACGAGGGGAGAUUCCCAACGGCGUAUUGGACGACCUUUGCAGUCGUUUCAUCCUGCACAUCCCUAGUGAAGAAAGGGACAAUGCCAUCAGGGUUUGCUUCCAAGUUGAACUUGCCCAUUGGUUUUACCUGGACUUCUACAUGCAGAAUACACCAGGAUUACCUCAGUGUGGGAUAAGGGACUUUGCCAAGGCUGUUUUUAAUCAUUGCCCAUUCUUGCUUCCCCAAGGCGAGGAUGUUCAGAAGGUUUUAGAGCAGUGGAAAGAGUAUAAGAUGGGUGUGCCUACAUAUGGUGCCAUUAUUCUUGAUGAAACCCUUGACAAUGCUUUACUGGUGCAGGGAUACCUAGCUAAGUCAGGAUGGGGCUUUCCUAAGGGAAAAGUCAAUGAGGACGAAGCGGCGCAUGACUGUGCUGUGCGAGAAGUUUUGGAGGAGACUGGUUUUGAUAUCCGAGACCGCAUCUGCAAAGAUACUUUCAUUGAGCAGAAAAUCUCAGAUCAGCUGGCUCGUUUAUACAUAAUACCUGGGGUUCCAAAGGAAACAAAGUUUAACCCAAAAACCAGGAAAGAAAUAAGGAACAUCGAAUGGUUUCCUGUUGACAAAUUGCCAUGUCAUAGAAAUGACAUGACUCCUAAGUCCAAGCUUGGCCUGGCUCCCAACAAGUUUUUUAUGGCUAUUCCUUUUAUGAGACAACUUAGAGAUUGGAUAGCCAAGCAUAAAGUGGAAUCAACUAGCAGUGACGAGGACUUUUUGUCCAAUGACAGCACUCCAUGCAAACCUUUUCACACCAAGCCCAAACGCUCACAGAUGUCCGUGGAGGCAUCUCCAGUGGAUGGAUGGACAAAGCAAAAACAGCAAAAGGCUUUUGGGCAACCUGGUCAAUGUGAACUAACAGACUUUCUUAAAGUCAAGAACCAUAAUGUGAAAGGCAGUGGGAGGAAGCAGCAUGAUUCUCCCAGAAUGAAGAAGAGGACUCAUGAGCUCAGCAAUCAGCAGAAAGAUGACAAGAAACUUCAGCCAAGAAGACUUCAAGACAACUUUGAUGGAGAAGCAGUGAGGGAUGUGCAAGGCUCAGCCAAGCAGUCAGACAUCUGCUACGGCGAAUACGAGCAAAUUCUCUCCUCAAAGUCCUUCCUUAGCUUCAGGUUCGACCGAGAGGCAAUCAUGAAGUCAUGCUUUGACUCCUGAAGCCAGCCUCUUCCCACUUCUUUGAUUUCAGGGGUGGUCAUAUAAUAGAUGUUGGACCAAUAUGACUAAUAAAAUGAGGUAUAUUUCUUUCUCACUCCCAAAUACAAGUUUGUGUGUGUGUAUAUAUGUAAGGCUCUGAAAUAAUGAGGUUGUUUAAUCAUUUUAACUUGGAACCUGGUAUGAAUUCUGCCCCAUCUCCCCAAAUAUGUGGAAUCACUUACUCACUUGAGUAUUACAUUGUGUCUCUUUAAAUCCUAUUCAUGAGUUGCAGACCAGUCUGAUUACUGAAAGUGCUCAUAGUAAACAUGUCUCAGACGUGCUCUCUUAGUUGACUCAAGGUAGCUGUGGCACUGUUACAGGUCUUGCAGGUCUCAACUGAGUCUUUUAAAACAGAAAUUGUAUUGGUCAAUGCCUUCAUGGUUUGUGUGUGUACACCACGGAGUAUUAUAGCCAUCUGAUCUGUAUGUAUCAACUGCCUUUUAAAGUUACUGUAACUUUAAGGGGAAAAAAGUCAGUUGGCUGUGAAGCUUAUUGUACAGACCAAGGAACUCUGACCUAUAACAGUUGGUCUUUUUUUCUCCAAGGUAAUCUAUAGUCACAUUUAUUUAUUUAAAAAAAACAAAAAACAACCCAGACUAACAGGAUACAUAAAGUCAUGGAACUGUUGAUGUGUUGGGCAUCUGAUAAUUAUUUCUUUUGGAAUAAAGGACUGCUGCAUUUUUCACUUUACAUUAUAUGUAAUAAGCCACAGAAGAUUGGUACUGCAGAUGUGGUACAUACUAACAGUGGAGAUGUACACAAAGUCAGUAAAAAUCCUUUGGGAAUUGCUUAUUAGUUAUAUUCCUGCAAUGUACCCAUGUUGAUGUUUUACGGUGUUUGUUCGUUUGGUAGACUGCAUUAUGGUUCUGUUAGUUCGCUAAAAUAUUGACCAUUGUUUCAGCCUUGAGUAUAAAGGUUUUAAGUGUCUUUUAUAUUGUUUUUGAGUUUGAACCCGCCAUUUUUAUGACGCUUUAACUUCCUGGAGUUUACAUUCAUUUUUGCAAGAUAAUGAUUUGAGUCCCCCUUUUCUUUUUUUCUUUUUUUUUCUUUCUUUUUUUGUCUUCUCUGUCAAGUUGCACUGACAUUUUUAUAAAGUAAGUGCAGUAUUUGUCAAAAUUGGUUUACUGUUAUGCAAAAUGAUUUACACUGUCCGUUACUUGAUCAGUUUAAUAGUUUCCUUAUGUGUGCAUCUGGAUGGUGUGGUUUUGUUUUUUGUUUUUGUUUUUUUAAAUAAAUUGCUGUUUGUUUUGGCAGUAA